AUGGUCGACGCGCGCCUCUUCCCCGGCGGUCGCGUCUGGCGGCUGCGCUGCGGCGCGCACCCCGACGUCUGCGCGGAGCUCGGCGCUGGCUUCCGCGUCGACGUCGUCGGGUCGCUCGUCGAGGCGUGGACCGGCGCCGCGUUCGAGCGGUUCGCCGGCGAGAAGAACCUCGACGCGCUCGUCGGCUGGCUCCGGCGCGUCGAGGACGGCACGCUCGCGCGCGAGCUCGCCACGGCCCGGUCGCGGCCGCCGCGCGACCUGCGGUCGAUGCCGGCGAUCGCGGCGACGCCGGCGCCGGCCGCGGCGGACGCCCUCCGGCGCGAAGGCGUCGUCCGCGUCGCGGGCGUCCUCCCCCCGGCGCUGUGCGCGGCGCUCCUCCGCCGGGUCAACGAGACGCUCGCGUCGUCGAUCGCGGCGGUGGAGGCGGGCACGUUAAACGAGACCGACGCCUUCGGCCGCGUGCACGAGCGGCGGCACCGCUACGACGUCAAGCUGCCGCUCGUCGCCGAGACGGAGGCCGCGCUCCACACGCUCGCACACACACUGCGGCCGCUCGUCGCGUCCGCCGUCGGCGACGCCGCGGAGCUCUUCGAUCUGAGUUCCGUCGUCGCCGACCCCGGCGCGGCGGAGCAGCCGCUCCACCCGGACCAGGCCUGGACGGACGCGGCGACCGUCGUCACCGUCUUCGUCGCGCUCCAAGACGUCGCGCCCGACAUGGGGCCGACCCUCUUCGUCCCGGGCACCGCCUCGGCCGCGACGCGCGAGCGACAAAACCUCAAACAACACGUCGCGCUCCUCGACGCCGGCGACGCGGCGGUCUUCGACGCGCGGAUAUCGCACGCCGGGGCGGCGAACGGGAGCGCGCGCCGCCGCGUCAUGUUCUACGUGUCCUUCAAGGCCGCGGGCGCGCGCGCCGGCGCGACGUCGUCGGAGUCGGGCGGGUCCCUCCUCGGCGCCGUCUCGAAGCGCGGCUUCACGCUCGCCGACCUCGCCGGGACCGACCCCGCCGGAGAGGCCGCCCCCGGCGAGCUGUAA